GACGAAAUACCGCCCUACAGCAAGGAAAUGCAAAUCCGUAUGCGGCGACAGUCGGCUGUCCCAACAACAUCAGGCACUGAAAAAGCCCGAAUUCGGAGUCGGCGGCAGUCUGCACCACCACAGCUGAGGACAGACAUCGAGAAGUUGCGCAAAAAAUUAACGAAACUUCGUGAAACGUCUUCACUGAAAGGAGAAAUCCUUAAAGAGGAAGAAAUCAGUGAUGAUGAAAAUGCACCGGAAAAGUCCAUCUUACCGCCACCAGGAAAGGUACAGCAAACUUUCACUCAACUGCCCGAACCCUACCGACUUCUAGAUCAAGAAAAAAUGGGUCAGGUGAGGAAGGAGUCAUGUUCCGAACCGACAAGUCCAGUUGUAAAAUCAGUGACGGAACUGCAACAAGUACAACUCGCGAGCAAUACGGGAUAUCGUGGCUCUGUUGUUUUUAUUGAUGAUGAUGACAAGCACUAA